AUGAAACUCUUAUCAGCUCUUCUCCUCACCCUUUUAGCCGUUUUCGUGGCUUCUACUGAUCUUUGGGGUUUUGUCAAGUCAAUCCCAGACGAUGCUAAGGUCGAAAUGAGAAGUAUAAUCAACAAUAAAAACUUGACAAAAGCUCAAGUCAUGGAGAAGUUGGACCAAUGGGCUGGGAAACAAAACGAACAGUUUCAGGUACGAGUUUGUAAAGAAAGUUCCUGCCAUUUUUUGUUUUGUAAAGAAAGUUUCUGCCAUUUUUUGUUUUGUAAAAAAAGUUAUUGCCAUUUUUUGUUUUGUAAAGAAAGUUUUUGACAUUUGCUGUUUUGUAAAGGAAGUUCUUGCUACUUCUUUGUCUGUAAAAACAUUUCUUGCCAUUUUUCAAUGAGCAUUCUAAAAAUUCAUUUUUAGGAGCAGUACGAGGACGUGAAGAACUUAUUGGCUAGCCGUGGCUUGAGCAAGACUCAGAAAAACCCAACUGCCAAUCCAGAAAUCGACGAAAUCCGACAAAACACCAGCUUGACUAGGCAACAAGAACGUGAAGCAGUCCAGGUAAGAAGUUUACCUUAUCCUACCCUACCCUACCCUGCCCUACCCUGCCCUACCGUAUCCUACCCAACCCUAUUCUAUUCUACCUUACCCUACCAUACCCUACCCCACUUCUCAAUAGCUCCAUCAUAGACCUAUCGUAACUUGACUAAAGCACACGGUAGGGGUAAAGUAAUCUCUGUCCCCUUCCAUUUUUAAUAAAGUACACACUUAACUUGUAAGACGAUACUGAACCUUAGUGCAGGUGAUAUAUUUUCCAGAAAAUUCUUACUUCAAGUACCGUAACCACCACAACAACAUCAGAUAAUGGAAUGGACAAUUUAGUCUAA